AUGGGUUGUACAUUGUCCAAAGAAGAGCGAGAUGCUCUUGAACAAAGUCGUAAUAUCGAUAAAAAACUUAAAGAAGAUGGAAUGCAGGCUGCAAAAGAUGUCAAAUUACUUCUUUUGGGUGCUGGUGAAUCAGGAAAGAGUACAAUUGUCAAACAAAUGAAAAUUAUACACGAAGGUGGAUUUACACAAGAGGAUAAUAAACAAUACAAACCGGUUGUCUAUAGUAAUACAAUUCAAUCAAUGGUUGCAAUACUGAGAGCAAUGAAUACGCUUGGAAUUCAAUUUGGUGAUAGUGAACAAGGCGCAGAAGAUGCUCGUAUUGUUUGCGAUGUAAUACAAGCAAUGGAGGAUACAAAACCAUUUUCAGAAGAAUUAUUAGAUGCAAUGAAACGAUUAUGGGCUGAUUCUGGUGUACAAGAAUGUUUUGCUCGUUCAAAUGAAUAUCAAUUAAACGAUUCUGCUAAAUAUUUUCUUGAUGAUCUUGACCGUCUUGGCGCCAAGGACUAUAUGCCAACAGAACAGGAUAUCCUUAGAACUCGAGUUAAGACAACUGGUAUAGUGGAAGUUCAUUUCCAAUUUAAAAAUAUGAAUUUUAAAUUAUUUGAUGUUGGUGGACAACGAUCUGAGCGUAAGAAAUGGAUUCAUUGUUUUGAAGAUGUGACAGCAAUUAUCUUUUGUGUUGCUAUGAGUGAAUAUGAUCAAGUAUUACAUGAAGAUGAGACAACAAAUCGUAUGCAAGAAUCGUUGAAGUUGUUCGAUUCAAUUUGUAACAAUAAAUGGUUCACAGAUACAAGUAUUAUAUUGUUUUUAAAUAAAAAGGAUUUAUUUGAAGAGAAAAUUAAACGUUCACCUUUAACUAUCUGUUUCCCAGAAUAUCCAGGAAAACAGACAUAUGAAGAGGCAGCAAUUUAUAUUCAGGCAUCAUUUGAAGCUAAAAAUCGAUCACCGAAUAAAGAGAUCUACUGUCAUCAAACAUGUGCAACUGAUACAAAUAAUAUACAAUUUGUAUUCGAUGCUGUUACAGAUGUGAUUAUAGCCAAUAAUCUGAAAGGAUGCGGUCUGUAUUGA